AUGGAUGACAUCGCUAUUGUUGGUCUCGCACUGCGAUUCCCAGGCGAUGCAACUUCCCCGCAAAAGCUGUGGGAUGUGCUGGAGCGUAAGGAAUCGCAGUGGUCGGAGUUUCCUAAAGAUCGUCUCAAUAUUGAUGGCUACUAUCACCCAAGUGGUCAGAGGUUGGGAAGUAUCUCAUUCAGGGGAGCGCACUUCUUGAAAGACGAUAUCAGUGCAUUUGACGCUUCGUUCUUUUCGAUUCCAACAGAAGAAGCGAAUGCAGUCGACCCCCAGCAGCGGAUGCUUCUUGAGAUUUCGUACGAAGCUCUCGAAAAUGCUGGCAUUCGAAAAGAGGACAUCGAUGGCAGCGAUGCUGCAGUGUACGUGGGAUCAUUUGUCAAAGAUUACGAAUAUAUCAGCCUCCGUGACCAGAGUUGGGGACCACGAUAUGCCGCAACGGGAAACGGAAUUGCCAUCAUGUCAAAUCGCAUAUCGUACUUCUUUAACUUACAUGGCCCCAGCAUGACUGUCGACACUGGUUGCAGCUCAAGCCUCAUUGCAGUUCAUUUGGCUGCGCAGAGCCUUCGAACAGGAGAGACAUCCCUAGCUCUGGCUGCUGGAACAGGCAUGAUACUGACCCCUGAGACGAUGCUUCCGAUGACAGCAUUGAGCUUGCUGAGUCCCGAUGGCAAAUGCUUCACAUUCGAUUCUCGAGCCAAUGGCUAUGGACGAGGUGAGGGCGUUGGUGUUGUAGUCAUGAAGCGUUUGUCAGAUGCUAUCCGUGACAAUGACACCAUCCACGCCGUCAUGCGAGCUAGUUCUAUAAACCAAGAUGGCCGCACCAAAGGUAUUACUUUUCCCAACAAAGAUGCUCAGAUUGCCAAUAUCCGUGCGAUCUAUGCUUCAGCGGGCCUGGAUUUUAACCAGACUGGCUACAUUGAGUGUCAUGGUACAGGAACACAGGCAGGCGAUUGUCAAGAGCUCCAAGCUAUCUCCGAAACUAUUGCUUCGGUCCGCUCUAUUCACAACCCGAUACUUGUCGGUUCCGUGAAGACAAAUAUCGGUCAUCUCGAGGGCGCAGCCGGCAUUGCGGGUCUGAUAAAGGGAAUAUUGUCUUUAGAGCGUGGCCGCAUACCCGCAAACAUCAACUUCGAAAAAGGUAACCCUAACAUCGACUUCGAGAGUUGGAAGGUCAAGGUCCCGUUAGAUAUGCUCGAUUGGCCAAUUCCUGGCAUUCGUCGUGUAAGCGUCAAUUCUUUCGGCUUUGGUGGUUCCAAUGCCCAUGUUGUAGUAGAUGAAGCCCCAGGUUAUCUUUUGGAGAAAAAGUUGGAGGCAAACCAUUCCUCUUUGGACAUUACGCCUCUAGAGCGUAGUAGAGAUUCAGAACAACAACGGCAUGAAGCACGACUGUUUUUUUACUCAGCAAAUGACAAGUCGGGUGUGUCUCGUGUUAUGAAUUCACACAUCCCGAUUCUUGAAUUGAUCCAACAAGAUUCUGGAGAUUACUUGCGCAAUUAUUCAUAUACCCUCGGCUGUCGUCGAUCAAAUCUUGAAUGGAAGGGAUUCAUUGUGGCUGAAUCUACCGCGGAGCUUGUAAAUAAGAUUCGAGUUUUUGAUGCAAACUGUGCGACUCGUUCGUUGCUAAAGAAGCAGCCCAAGCUAGGCUUCAUCUUUUGCGGUCAGGGUGCCCAGUGGGCACAGAUGGGUAAAGAUCUCUUGUCUUUCAACACCUACGCCACCAGUCUUAAGGAAGCCAGCUGUUUCAUACAGAUUGCUCUCGGUUCCCGGUUCGAUCUUUUUCAAGAGAUCCUUAAGGGAGCAGAUAGCACACACAUAUCUGAUCCGGAAAUCUCACAGCCAGCAACAACAGCUCUUCAGGUCGCUCUUGUCGAUCUACUUAGAUCUUUUGGUAUUAAACCCAGUUAUGUUUUUGGGCAUUCUUCGGGCGAGAUUGCUGCUGCGUAUGCCUCCGGAGCUAUUUCAAGAUAUGACGCAUGGAAAAUUGCCUAUUACCGUGGACUAGCCGCGGCCAGCCUUCCGGUUAGAGCCCCAAAACUCAUUGGAGGCAUGAUGGUAGUUGGAAUGUCGACUGAGGAAGCGUCAGCAUAUCUCGUCAAGGUUAAUAAGUCUGCGCAAGUUGCCUGCGUGAACAGUCCCCGAUCAGUUACGAUUUCCGGCCAAGCCGACGCCAUCGAAUUUAUCUCAAACGACUUGCGUCAAAAGAAGAUUUUUACCAAGGUUCUUAACGUCUCAGUUGCUUACCAUUCAUCUCACAUGAAGCUUGUCGAGCACGACUAUGCUGAUUCUCUCGACGACAUUGUCGCUAACCAGUGUUUCGAUGGAGUCAAAAUGAUCUCUUCUGUAACUGGCAAACAAGUUAUAGGCAGUGAGCUGAACGCUCGCUAUUGGUCAAAUAACAUGGUCUCUCCUGUUCAAUAUGUUGCAGCGGUUCAAUCGCUCAUGAACGCUCCGACGGAUGCCCGUGCAGAUAUCUUGAUCGAGCUUAGUCCAGCCGCAGCCCUUCGAUCACCCACAGCUGAUAUCCUCACCACUAUCAACGGGGCUUCUAACCUUGGAUACUACUCUGUUCUUGAACGAAAUCAAAAUGGAUGCGUGACACUACUCAGCCUCAUUGGCUCUUUGUGGUCUAGAGGUUAUCCCGUUGACAUGAAAAAUGUCGUUUCAAAGGGCUAUCAACGGGAUUCUUUGAGGUGUCUCUCCAAUUUACCGUCAUACUCAUGGAACCACAGCAAGAAAUACUGGCAUGAGACUGCGAUGAGUAUUGAGAGCCGUUUGAGGGAAUACCCUCGAAUGGACCUUAUCGGAGCCAGAGUAGUUGAUUCUAUUGCGCCUUUCGAACCAAGAUGGCGCGGGUUCUUGCGGAUCUCGGAAAAUCCUUGGAUUCGAGACCAUCAAGUGCAAAAGACAGUUGUCUACCCAGCCUCAGGCAUAAUCGCAAUGGUUCUGGAAGGAGCAAAACAACUGGCUCAAGAUACACGAAAUAUUCUAGGCUACGAGCUUGUAGAUAUGAAGAUUGAGAAGGCCUUGACCGUCCCCGAUACUGCCUUCGGCUUAGAAGUAUCUCUCAGCAUAAAGGACGAUCCAACAAGCGUAAUCGAUGAUGAAAAAACUGGUGCAAAACUGUUUACAAUUUACUCCAGACCCCAAGGUCGAUGCUGGGACCGACAUGCCAGCGGAAGUUUGCGUUUCCACUACAAGAUUGGAAAUUGGCAGACUGCCUUCCAAUCCUAUGACAAGCGUCAAAGUGCCAUAAACGACAUGUGCAAGGAGUCAAUAGUUCCACGCCAUCUUUACGAGCAUCUUGACUCCAUUGGAAUGAACUAUGGACCCUUAUUUCAGAAUAUUGUGGAAGUUCGCAAACAUGGCGAUCACUGUGUAAGCAAAAUCAAGAUUCCGGAUACCAAAUCAAAGAUGCCUUGCCAGUUUGAGUACCCACACCUCAUACAUCCGACUACUUUGGAUUCAAUGAUUCAUACUUUGUUGGCAGUCCAGCCGCUACCAAUGGUCCCGGUUUUCAUCAAGAGCAUUUUUGUAACGGCAAACUUGAGCGAUGCGGAAUCCGGCGAAGACUUCUCUGGUUAUUCUACAGCCAAUGCCAUUGGAAUUCGAAACGCAGAAGCAACGAUUUUCAUGAGUCAUACGAAGAGAGACCAAUCUUACGUUAUCAUCGAAGGCUUACGUUUUGUUGCCCUGGAGAGCUCGACGCGUGAUGAGGGGAGUUUCCUACCCACCAACCGCAAUCUGUGUAGCGAGAUCAUCUGGAACGAGGAUGCUACUUUCGCUCGGCCCAGCUCAUAUAGCGAGCAAGUUACUAUCCUAGCCCAUAAGUAUGCAGGGUUAUCAAUCCUUCAAAUAGGUGGUGGCUAUCAGCUGUCGCAAGCAACGCUCAAGGCAAUCACUCCGGGCCACGGCAUGGCCCCUCAGCUUUUGAGGUACACAAUUGUUGAGGCAGAAGGAGAUGAUGCUGCGUCUCGGGUGAUUGAAUCUGUCCAAGGUACCCCGCUUCAACCGUUCAUUGAGAAGGCGUCUGAUAUUUCAGAUAUCAAGUACGAUUACCAUAUGAUCGUGGCUUGCGACAAUAAUGGGCUAGAUACCGAUAUCUUGAAAGCGUACCUAAAAGAUGGCGGUUUGCUGUUGACACGGGUUUCUCAUGAACUGGAGACAAGCAAACUUAGGAGCAUAUUCGGCAGUGAAACAAUACUUCAGGGUACAAGAGAUGAUAAUGCGCUUGUACGUCACAGCGGAAGCCAAGGCGAGAUAAUAUUCGAGGCUCGUAGGAUCAAGCAAGCAUUCCCUUCAACAAGGCCCGUCGUCAUUGUCAUACCAUCAGAAAUUGGCACGGAGGUACAAAACUUUGUCAAUUCUAUCAGACGCUUUGAACAAGCUAGGGAGUUAUCUUCCGGUGUCUCUGUCAUGACUGUCGACGAGGCAAUAGAAGAUCCAGUUACUCUCACAGGCAAGGUGGUUAUUUCGCUACUCGAAUUCUCUGGCUUUCCUCAAUCCUGUGACAAUGCUGUAUUUGCCUGGAAACAGAAAGACUUUGACAGUUUCCACGUAUUGCAGACUCGUGCUAAGAACAUGCUCUGGAUUACUCGAGGGGCUCAGAUGAGCUGCAAGAAUCCUCGUGGGUCGCCCAUCGUUGGACUUGCCAGAACACUUAAUUCCGAGGACUCUGUUAAGUCUAUGGUCACUUUUGACUUGGCAAAAGGAUCAAAUCUUGGAGAUACUACCGUUAUAAAGCAUAUAUUGCGUCUUCUUGAUACAGCCUUCGGAUCCAAGUCAGGGUCCAUUCAAGACACCGAGUUUGCCGAAAGUGGCGGGAAAAUCUACAUCCCUCGUCUCACUACAAUUCGACCUCUCAACAGCAUUAUCGAGGAUGAAAAUUCGCCCUCGAGCUUCUCUCAAAAGCCAUUCGCAGCUAGCCCAAGACUUCAGCUCACAAUUAACAGUCCUGGUAUCAGUGAAGAUGGCUUAUUUUUCGUUGAGUCUAAACUACAUGAUUUGAGACCGGACGAGGUAGAGAUUGCUGUUAAAGAAGUGCCUCUGACCUUCGUAGAUCUCGAAAUUGUCCUUGGAAGGUCUAAAGAGUCAAAUAUAGGAGUAGAUGUUAGGGGUCAUAUUACUCGGGUUGGUAGUGAAGUCAAGGGAUUUUCCCCAGGUGAUAGUGUAGUUGCCUUGACUCCUGACGGCGCGAUUCAGAAUUUCUUGAGAGUCAAACCGCAGUUCGUCAAACGUGUUGACACCGCUAUUGUCCCAAGCUUCCUUAUCAGCGCCUACUUUGCCCUCAUUCAUAUCGGAAGAAUUAAGCGGGGCCGUAGGAUAUUAAUCCAUGCUGGUGCCAGUGCUUUUGGGCUCGUUGCAGUCGAUUUGGCUGUUGCCAUUGGCGCAGAAGUCUUUGCUACCGCUGCCGGCUCAGAUGUUGAUCGACAGCGAGAGGUUUUAAAAAGGCAUGGAAUCCCAGUGAACCACAUCCUCGAAGUUGAAUCUGGACUUUUUGUCACUGCUUUGCUAGGGGCUACCGAUGGUCAUGGCGUUGACUGUGUGUUUAACCCCAUCUUGGAUGCAUUUGACGUACAAUUCGACUGCGUACGAAGAUGUGGCAACAUUAUUCGGUUUGUUAACAAGUCUAUGGCUCCUACUUCAAGUCGUAUGCUAUCAACAUCUGCGACUGUUGUCAAUUGGGAUCUUCGCCAGUUUCUUGAGGAAGACCCAGUGUAUGUGGCGGAGCUUUUUGACUUGGCGAUCCGGUUCGUCGAGGGUGUCGACUUCAAGCCAUCUUUAUCCACCGAGCUCAGGCCGUCAUUUGACAUUGGCGCAUUGACAGAUGGUCUAUUUUCUCUUCAGCAGACACCAUAUACCGGUUUUGUUUCGCUAAUAGUAGCCGAAGACAACUCAAGCACCGUUUCUGUAUUGAACAAGGAUAUUACAAAAUCUCUCCAAGAAUCUCUAGAGCCCGAGGGAACAUAUGUUCUGGCAGGCGGACUUGGAGGUCUUGGGAAGAGCAUUUCUGAGCUCCUUGUAAACAACGGUGCCCGACACUUGGCGUUUCUUUCGAGAUCCGGCGCAUCGUCGGAUGCCUCAAAGUCGUUUGUCGAGAAUAUGAGGCUAAAGGGAGUUGACGUGCGAGCUUAUGCUGUGGAUAUAUGCGAUGAAGAUUCUUUGCACAACUUUAUCAAAAAUGUCCUUACUUCGGAGAUGCCCCCUGUCAGAGGUGUAUUUAUGUGCGCUGCUGUACUCAGAGAUUCUGUCUUUGACAACAUGACGUUUGAGGACUGGAAUGAGGCCAUCAAACCAAAAACACAUGGUUCAUGGAAUCUGUAUAAUGCAAUGCAUGCUACGGGACAUGAUCCCUUUUACAUCUUCCUCUCCAGUUCAUCCGGCAUUAUCGGCAACCGUGGCCAGGCCAAUUAUGCCGCAGGCAACUGUUUCCAAGACUCAUUUGCAAGAUAUCUACGACAGCAAGGAAAGCAUGCUAUAGCCAUUGACCUUGGCCCAGUUCUGGGAGCCGGGAUGCUGGCUGAAAAUGAAGAAAUAUUGAAUACUUUGCGUUCCAAUGGCUUCUUUGGCAUUCAGCAUGAAGAUUUCCUCACAGUUGUCAAGCAUGCCAUCACCGGAGAGAUCGCACCAGGAGUGCCUACUCCUCCUCAGAUAACCAUGGCUGUUGGCACAGGAGGCAUCAAUGCACAAAUCAACACCUCGGAUCCAUACUGGGCCCAUAAAGCACUGUAUUCCUACCUCAACUUGGUUGAUAUCCCUUCACCGAAUUUACACGCCGGCGACGGCGCAGGAAAUAAGGGCAUGAAGUCUAGGCUAGCCUCUGCUGCAAGCAUCGAGGAAGCAGCGUCUAUUAUUUGCGAUGGUAUCUCUGUCAUGCUGGGCAAGGCGAUGAACAUGUUGCCCUCUGAGAUUGAUAUGCACAAGUCGCUGAAUGCCUAUGGUGUGGAUUCCCUUGUGGCCGUCACGUUUCGGAAUUGGAUCUUGAAUAACUACGGCGUGCAGCUGUCGGUAUUUGACAUACUCGGCGAGUCCCCCAUUGCAGAAAUGGCGAAUGCGAUUGCGGAAAAGGGAGGGUAUGGAGGAGUCAAGACAGAGUGA